AUGGCUCGAACAUGUCUUGCUCUCUUCAUAAUACUGGUUCUAUUUACAUCUUCCUCAAAUGGUCGGAAACUGUUAAACACGCGGGAAGCAUCUCCGGUGGAAAUGAGUUUAUACUUAACUGCUCUUCCAAAGGGAACUGUGCCGGCUUCUACUCCGAGCAAAAAGGGUCAUGCAUCAACAACCGACGAGAAGCUCAUCACCCGCCACCUCAUUGCCAUCGACCGCAUCCUUCGCUCCGUCCCCAGCCCAGGCGUCGGCCAUUGA